CUCCGGUCACUCUUAUCACUCGAGUCCUGUGCAUUGAGGGAGGUCCUCGCUCCAUUAUCAGAAGCACCGCCGAGCACACAAGCGUCAAUCAUGACAUUCAAGCGCAGGAAUGGUGGCCGCAACAAGCACGGCCGCGGCCACGUCAAGUUCAUUCGCUGCUCCAACUGCGGCAAGUGCUGCCCCAAGGACAAGGCGAUCAAGAGGUUUCUCGUGAGGAACAUUGUCGAGCAAGCUGCAGUUAGGGAUGUCCAGGAGGCCUGCGUCUACGAGACUUACACUCUUCCCAAGCUGUAUGCCAAGAUGCAGUACUGUGUGUCCUGCGCGAUUCACUCGCACGUCGUGAGGGUUCGUUCUCGCACCAACAGGCGGAACCGGGCGCCUCCUCAGCGUUUCAUCAGGCGCCGGGAUGAUAUGCCAAAGCCUGGACAGCCUGGUCAGGGACCACCACCUCGUGUUGGAGGUCCGCCUGCUCGUACUUGAAGAGCUAAAAUGAUCUCGCGUCUUUGAAAUGCCUCCUUCAGAGUUAUCUGGAUGGAUUUUGAUGUUUCAUAGCUGUUGGAUUUUGGGGAUUUUUAAAGGAGUGACGUACUUUCCUAGUUAACGUACAUGGUUAUUUGAUGUUUGUUUGCCUGAUAAACCGGAUUGAGAAGCCCCAGAAGUUUUUCCCUUUUUU